GGCUGCGCGGGAGGAGGCCAGGCCGCGGCGGCGGGUCUGAGAGGCUGUGCUAGGCCUUGGGGGGGGCCCUGAGGGUUAUGUGGCUCUUCUACAGCAGCUGCAAUGGGUUCUGUGCUUUCCCUCUCCAUUAACGACCCUGCCUCCAGGCGGAGGAGGGAGGCUGAGGAUGAUGAUGAUGACCUGCUCGAUAGCCGAGACCGCGUGGAGGACAUCGCCAAGUUUCCCUAUGUUGAAUUCACGGGGCAGGACAGCAUCACCUGCCCCACUUGCCAAGGCACGGGCUGCAUCCCCACAGAGCAGGUCAAUGAGCUGGUGGCUCUGAUACCCUACAGCGACCAACGGCUCCGUCCCCAGAGAACGAAACUCUACGUCCUGCUCUCGGUGCUGCUCUGCCUGCUGGUCUCUGGGCUGGUGGUUUUCUUCCUUUUCCCCCACUCCGUCCUGGUGGAUGAUGGUGGGAUUAAAGUGGUUCGGGUCUGGUUUGACAAGAAGAACUCCGUUGUCAUUCUCGCCAUCACGGCCACUUUACGGAUCAGGAACUCCAACUUCUACUCGGUGACGGUGACCAGUCUGACCAGUCAGGUGCAAUACAUGAACACUGUGGUGGGCACCCAGCAGAUCACCAACGUCUCCAGCAUCCAGCCACGGAGUGACAAACUGGUGAACUUCACCGUGAAGGCAGAGCUGGGAGGACCUUUCUCCUACAUGUAUCUGUUUUGCACGUUUCCGAAGGUGAAGGUCCAUAACAUCGUCAUCUUCAUGAGGACCUCGGUGAAGCUCUCCUACAUCGGCCAUGUCACGCAGAGCGCUCUGGAGACCUAUCAUUACGUGGAUUGUAGCUCCAACUCCACGGUCGCCCUCGACCCCCUGCCUCUGCUAGCCCCCAAAGCCAAGAGCGAGCCCUGAGGGCGCAGCCGAAGGGACGAGGAACUUCCCAGUGGAAGCAGAAGGAGCACGAGUGACUUUGGUGGGAGAUAUUUGAAAGCUCCAGGUCCCUUCCGUGCUGCUGGUCUGUCCACGGAGCCACCUAGGGGUGUUAUUUAUGUGCAAACACCUGGGUUCCCCCCAAAAAAGUCAGGGUCCUGCUGUUCCCGCUUCCCUCAGAGCUACUUUUUGGUAGGGAAACAGUAUUUUUGAGCUUUGUGCUUUGGGGUUUGAAGAUCCCAAAGAUUUUUAGAGUUGACUUUCACAGCCAUUUGGGAAGCUUUGGGGCCGGCGUCGGGUCCUUUCAGGGGGAAACUCAUUAAUUUAUUCCACUUUUUUUGGGUCGGUGGCGGCAUCUCGCUAUGCUGGCUCCUUUCCAAGUGGGGCUUGAUUAAAAAGAAAAAAGGGAUUAAUCCUUUUAAGGAAGGCGGAGAUGAGGCUUCAGCCUCUUGUCACUUGUAGCUAGAAGGAGGUAAAAGGAAUCGGAAACCCUCGGAACGCGCUCCCUCUGAGCUGGGGUUUUUUAUUUGCUGGUGGCUGAGGCCACCUACAGCAAAGGACAUUGAAAUGCCACCGUCCUUAACAAGGACACGAAGGCUCUGUGUGAAUCUGACUUCCUUCCUACUCCUCCUCCCCGGGAACUCAGGGCUCGUGGUCGCUUUGUCCUUGUCCCUGCUGGAUUUAAAGGGAUUUUUGUGGGAUUUUGGUGUUUCUCAAGGCUUUCCCUCCUGGGAGCUGCCCCUUCCCCACGGUCUCAACCCUGUUCUUUAAGCCAAUAACUGGGAGAGCUCGGCCCUGCAUGGUUCUCACCCCCUUUGAGUUGGAGAAUUUCAUUCUGCUGUUGCCUUUUGUAGGUUUUUUGGGGGGGGAAUUUGAUUCAUUUCCUCCCUCCUCCGGCUGCCUGGUGUGUGUGUGUGGAAACAAAGCGCAGGUAAAAGCCGUGGGGAAACAAAUCCCGAGGGGUUUUUCAAUGAAAGAUACUUUAUUUUGUGUGUGAAAUAAAAAAAUGCACCUUGUUUUUUAUUAAGAGGGGGCAUUUUUCCCUCUGAUGGGGUUUCUAGAACUGAAUUCUACUUAUUAAAGCGGAGUUGUACCUUG